AUGGAGAUCCUCAACUCCGGACAUGCACCACAGGCCCACAUGGCAACAGUUUGGAAAAUGGAAGAUGGAGGAAUUUUAGAGUUGGCAAUAAUCAAGAGUUAUGAAUUUUUAAAUCCUCCCACGUGUGAGCGACUGGAACCAGGGCUUGUGCUAAAGCUUAACGCGAUACGUGUUGAGGAUCCAGGAUGUAUUUGGGGUCGAAUCGUGAAAGGACCUGGUGGGAAGGCCGAGAGUCCUCAAGACUAUGAGAACCUGCAGGUUAAAAUGAACCUCUUCUAUCACAAGGUCAACCUGGAUGUGCAGAAAGUAAAGCCAUCAUCAUUGGAGAAGGAACAGAUAUGUGUAGUGUUUUGGCCAGUACUACGGAGCUGGUGUAGGGCCAGAGUGGAGUCUCUGUGUCUGGGAUCAGCAAGGAGUCAGGCCACGUGCUUCUUAGUUGACCAUGGCGAGCGUGUUGUUGUCAACACAGAUGAGGUGAGGGCUCCUCUUGAAAAGUUCCUGCGGUUGCCCUUCCGGGUGUUCAGGUUCAAACUGGCUUGGAUUCACCCAGUGAAACUCAAAGUGCACAUCUGCAGUGAGACAGUAGAACUAGUUCCGUCCCUUUACUGGGACAGCUCUGCUACAAAAUACCUCCACAAUCUUCUACAAGCAUCUACACUGGUUGAGGCUGUUAUUUGUGAAACACAUGAUGAUUGCACCAUCAUUGAGCUGUACCUGACCAUCAGAAAUGUGAAGAUCUGUGUAAAUGAUGAUUUAGUGGUGAAUAAGUUUGCAUGUUACUCAAGUGAGAAGGCUCUGUGGGAUCAGAGUGGGUGUGUUGAUCACUAUCCUGUCAGCUUGCCCUGGGACAUUUUCAGCAAUCCUCAACAUAUUCUUAAAAUUAACGGCUGCUGUACAGUGAGGUCUGCUCCCUCACACUUCAUAACCAGGAAGAAUGAGACAGAUGAGUUCAUGCCACAAAGGGUGAAGUCUCGGAGUCCAGUGAAGUCAUUUGUUCCCACUGGAGAAAGCUCUGCUGUAAGUUCUUCUCCUGAUGGACAGUUGAUAUGUGGAGUACAUGACAAAAACGCAGUCCCCAAGAGCACUGAGGAAAGAAAAGUAAAGACUGGGGACUGUGAAGAAUCUUAUACAGAGAGUAUCCUUGCAGAGCAGUUGUCUGAAAAACUAAACUUGUUGAGAUUUAUGAAGUUUCUGAACCCCUUCCCAUAUUUGAAUUUGAGUACCAAACAUAAUAUUAAUGAAGAUAAUCAAACGACCUCAAGAAUUUCUGAUGAAACCGCAGAGGUGCAGAAUGAUGUCAGUAGUACAAGUGUCAUCCCCACAGUGCAGAAGGAACCAGCUCUCAAUCAAGAGACAACAAAUACCAGAGACCAGUUUGCCUGUGCCAGAUUGUUACAGUUGCUGAACCCAGAUCCAAUAAAUCCAGAUUCAGAAUCUCUUGAUGACCAUGUUGCAUGCUGUGAACCCAGCAAAAGUGGCGUUUUGGUGCAUUCAGCUUUUGCCAUCAACCCCUGUAGAACCCUGAGCCAGGCUCCCAUCACUGAGCAAUUCCAUAAAUUCCUGUUGAGGCGAAAGUAUACAGGACCAGGCCUGGCUGAAAGUUACUGCUGGCCCUCUGUGGCACAAGGUUGUGACACAGUGCUGAUAUGCCACAAUGGAGAAGAUCCUCUCUCCUACAUCCCACCACUGCUGGCUCAACUGCAGUUAGCCUCUUUGUUCCGUGCCCUCACUGCAUACACUGGGCCCAUAGCAGUGAUCAUUUGUCCAGGUUGGGAAAAGGUAGAGUUAGUGCUGGAGCUACUAGAGGAGAGCAAGGCAGCAGUGAACCUACAGCCUGCUGCUGUGCUGGUUGGAGUAGGCAAGAAUGAAGCCAAAGAAACCAAGAUUCAGAACAACUGUCAGUUGCUGGUUACCACCCCCUUUAGCCUGGCCAGGUUGCUGGAGGUGCAGUUCUUCCUCUUUCAUAGGCUCUGCCACCUGAUUCUGGAUGAGGCUCAUGAACUCUUCUCAAGAGCUCCUGAGCAGAUGACUGCCAUCUUAGAACAUUACCAGAAAGUGGUGUCCAGAGAGGAGAGAACCAUGUGUGUGCGGCAACUUGUUGCUGUAAGCAGUCAUUGGUGUCGGGAGCUGGAGACUGUGGUCUGGAAUCACAUGGUUAACCCAUGCAUCAUCGUCACAGUGCCAGAAGAGGCAGCAUUAUACGGUGGGGUUCAACAGACAAUACUGAUGUGUCUGGACUGCCAUAAGACCUCAGUGCUGCUCAGCUCUUUGGACUUUAGCCCCUCUGUUCCCCAGAAAACCCUUCUCAUCACUAACUCACCAGAAGAGGUGGAGCAUGUGUACAAGGCUCUCAGCAACACAGCAGCAUUUUCUCUCAAAGUUCAUGAGGGCCUUACCUACCAGUUUGAUUUUGUGGUGGAGCAGUGGAAGAAAGCUGUUGGUCCAGGUACACAGGUUAUCUUGGUGACCACCAAUGAUUGCUUAAAGGCCCUUGGUAUCAGGGAUGCUACAUGCGUGGUGCAUUAUGGUUUCCCUAGCUCCCCUAAACUGUUUGGGAACCGGAUGUUCUGCAUGGUUGAGAACUUUCAGAAUCUGUCUUGCAAGAAUCACUCUGAGGGCUCGUCUCCUACGGUGCGUUCAGUUUUGCUGCUGUCCGAGCAGAAUUCUCGUCAUGUGUCUGGUGUGCUGCGCUACCUGAAGCGUACAGACACUCCACUGCCAUCAGAGCUCCUGCAGUUUGCCCAGGGAGUCCAGCAGGCAAAGGAACAGUGUAAAGCUGACAGUGCUCUCUGCAACUAUCUGAAAAGCCUAGGCUUCUGCAGGGACAGCACAAGUUGCCCGGACAGACACCGAAUCAAUAAAUUUCUUGAUUGUCCCCAACACCCAGACUCUGGAACUGUUUUGGUGUUGCCCCUUUACAUUAAGACUGCGAAUGUGUACUAUGGACGUAUUGUGGACCAGAAAGAGAAUGGCUAUGAGAAGCUUGCUGCCGAGAUGAAGUCACAUUAUGCUAAAGAGAGGCUUUGUGCAAAGGAAAUUGUGGAAGGAGACUUUUAUGCAGUGCAGGAAGAGGAUGUAUAUCAUAGGGUGUGUGUGACCAAGGUGCCAGAUAAGGGAGACCGGCUAUUUAGCAGUGUCGAAGUUCGAUUUGUGGAUGAAGGACGUACCCAGGAAGUGAAGUCACAUCAGCUACUGCCGCUUCCCCCAGAGUUCCAGAGCUUGCCGGGUCAGGCUGUUGAAAUCAUUUUGUGCAGGGCCCAACCUAUUGAUGGAGAGAUGGACUGGAACCCAAAGGUUACCAGAGUUAUCAGUCAGAAAAUAAAAGGAAAAAUACACCAUGCCAAGGUGGUGAUGUGUCUGGGCAAUACUAUAUGGGUUGAUCCAAUGGUAUACAUGACACGCCUACCAGGUUUGAAGAUCUUCAUAAAUGAGUAUAAUGUCCAUGCAGAGAUUAUGGCUACUGGGAUGGGCACCACAAACCCUCAGCAUCUGGAGCUACUGAAGUUGCUGUGGCAGGGAGAUGAGGCCUCUGCUGUAGUGGACCUCAGAGAGAGUGAUGGACGUGAAAGUGAGACGGCAUCUCUGGAACAGAAGGUUCAAGCUGCUGAGGAACCUCUGGCCAGUCAGGUGAAGGCUGGACUCAACAUCGUUGUGUGUACAGAUACUGAACCCUGUAAACCCUUACAGAAUCUUCCAGACACAAACCAGAUCACUGAUCCUAAUGGAGGAAAAAAUAACGUCUCUUUGGAAGCCUUGAUAGAUCCUGAACAUAUGGAUAGAUCUGCCGAUGUAAGAUGUUUACCUGAGAACUGGCCUCUUGCUCUUCCUAACAACUCAGAUGAAGGCGAGUCUGUCUAG